CCCAAGUGAUUCCAGAAAGUGCAGCGUUGUUAGCAUAGUGUUAGCGCGAAGUUAAAACUGAAACAGCUGUUUUUGUAGAAAUGUCGAAAAGCCAAGCGCUUCGAUCUUUCAUAAGUGAGCGGCUGACUGUGGCGGCUGAAGAAAUAUUUGGGCUAUUUGAAAGCACGAUAGCGGAGUAUGAGGAGAAACUGCGUCGCUCCUUAGAAGAUAACCAGAGGAAACAGGAGCUGCUGAACUCGGUUCUGAAUGAUUUGAACCCGAGAGUCGUGCUGCUCAGCGCGGAUACUCUGACCGUCUCAAAGACUCACACUCAGACACCACAAAUUAAAGAGGAGCCAAGGGAGAAUAGCAUCAAGCAGGAGGAAGAGCAACUCCCAGUGCCCGCUCCAGAGUCCUUCGAUGUCUGUGUGAAGAUAGAAGAGUCCUCACUGCUUCAACCAGGACAAAUUGAGCACAGAGAGGAAACACAGGGAGAGGACAUCAACGCUGAACCACAGUUACAUUCAGAGACUGAGGGAGACUCGGAAGAGCACUCCUCUGACACAGACAAUGAUGAAGACUGGAGUGCUCCAUUUGACUGUACAGCUGCACAGAUGAAGACAGAUGCCGAUGGCGAUUACUACAACCAAGUAGACGGAGGUACACCUGCGCAGAACCUAAGGCAGUCCUCCAGACAGAGUGCUGCACCAGAGACGAGUUCCACUGUAAACAAUGUAAACAUUUCAAGAACAGCUGGAGGGUCUGAGAGGAAGAGACACCAGUGCUCUCUGUGUGAGAAGGGAUACAGGAGGAAACGGGACUUAUUGCAACAUGUGAGAGUUCACACAGGAGAAAAACCAUUCAGCUGUUUGACCUGCAACAAGACAUUUGCCCGACGGAACAAUCUCGAUCAACAUCUAAAAAUACACACAGGAGACAAACCCUUUAGAUGUUCUGUUUGUAAGAAGACAUUUGGCCGAAAGGCCAAUCUAAACACACAUGUUAGAAUACACACUGGUGAAAAACCCUACAGCUGUUCAUUAUGUACACAAACCUUUGCUCAUAUCGGUGGACUAAAAUUACAUUUACAAAAACACAUGGGUGAAAGACCAUUCAGCUGUCCAACAUGUGAGAAGACAUUUGCUCAAAAGAGUAAUCUAAAAGCACAUUUGAGAAUUCACACAGGUGAAAAACCUUACACCUGUUCCAUUUGUAAUAAAGGAUUUAGACAAAGCUGUCAGCUCACACAGCACAGAAAGACUCAUAGUAGUAGUAGUAGUAGUAUUAGUAGUAGUUGUAGUAAUAAUAGUAGUAGUGGUAGUAGUGGUAGUAGUGGUAGUAGUAGUAGUAGUAGUAGUAGUAGUAGCAGCAGCAGUAGCAGCACUGAAUGUGCCUAAGGUUUUAGUGUUUGUAUUUAUGGCAUGUUUAAAACUUUGAAUUCUUUGUUAGAGUUGGCUGUUAACGAUUCAUAAUGCACAUGUUUUGACCUAGAAGCUCCUGUACCUCAUUCUGAAUCAGAGAUACACAGGCAGCUGCUUCCACUUUUACGCUGCACUACACGAUGUGAAGACAAUUUUCCUGAACUUGAAGGACUGCAGCUAAAAGUUAUUCUAGAGGUCGACUAGGCAGCGAUUAUGAUUUCAGUCAGAUGACUACUCAAAUUAUUGUUUCUAUUGUACAUUGUGCAUGUAUCUAUUUUUAACCAAAUAAAAGUUUCAUAAAAUGUAAAAAU